CAGCUACUUUAACACGGCUAGUUUGAUCCCCUUUAGCUCAGUGGUCUGGCGGCGUGAAGUGAGCAGCAUCCUUGCGUCCGUCCGUCGCCCCGAGUCAUUUGCCGGUGAACGUUCGAGCUGAAUCCCAGCGGUGGCGACCGUCUGAACACUGCUCCGUUCAUGAGCCCGAGUCCUUUGCAACUCUCCGGUGUUUUCCAAGCAAAAUAGGCCCAGAGAAGAUGAACGAAAGUGUGUUGGGGACGGUGCUGGCGGAGUUCGACUUCGAGCGGCGUUUCGACGAAAGGCGAGCGAUAGAAUGGAUGCAGGAGAAUUGGAGCAAGUCUUUCAUGUUUGGUGGCCUGUAUGCUGCACUCAUCUUUGCCGGGCAGCAUUUCAUGAGGGAAAGGCCAAAGUUGAACCUGCGAGCUCCGCUGGCACUGUGGUCGCUCAGCCUCGCCAUCUUCAGUAUCAUCGGAGCAGUACGGACUGGAACCUACAUGCUGCACGUCCUCACAACCAGUGGCUUUAGACAGUCAGUGUGUGACAACGGCUUUUACAGUGCUCCUGUCACUAAGUUCUGGGCCUACGCCUUUGCUGUUAGCAAAGCUCCUGAGCUCGGUGACACCAUGUUCAUCGUUCUGCGGAAGCAGCGCCUCAUCUUCCUGCACUGGUACCACCACAUCACUGUGCUGGUGUACUCCUGGUACACCUACAAAGACCAGGUGGCCGGCGGGGGCUGGUUCAUGACCAUGAAUUACGCCGUCCAUUCACUCAUGUACACGUACUACGCAUUUCGGGCCGCUGGCAUCCGGUUGCCCCGCCCCUGCGCCAUGAUCAUCACGCUGACCCAGAUCCUGCAGAUGGUGAUGGGCCUAACAGUUCUUGCUCUGGUCUAUACUUGGAUGCACGAGGUCCGGUGUCCGUCAUUCGUGGACAACGUUAUGUGGGGGUCGUUGAUGUACUUCAGCUACUUGAUCCUAUUUGCCAUGUUCUUCUACAACAGCUAUCUCAAAGGAACCCCCUCAGGGGCCAAGCUGAAGUCCCAGUAGGAGGGAGUUCUUCACUACUAUUUAUAUGUCAAACCUUAGUCUGUAUGUCCACAUCUGGUGCCUUGUGUGUUCUGCCUGUCCCCAGCAUCAACCACAAUCUAGUGUUGCACAUUGUAUUCAUAUGUUAUUGAUAUUUUUAAGUCUCAAAGGAGGUGCAGAACACGCGAUACAAAUUGUAUCCUUGUGACCUUCUUCAGACACUAAUGAGCCUCUUGAGCAUACAGACUUUCACUGGCAAAUAUAUUUAAUUUCUGUCAGUAUAAUGAUAAUAAUAAUAAUCAUUUAAAAUUGAACUGGUGCUGCUCCUGCAGUGGUGUGGAGCUACUCAGUGUGAAAAUGGUCUCAAACCAUCUGAUCUCAGUCAAAUGAAGAGUGACUUUUUGAGAUUGUUCAAAGUGAAGGUCAACAGUAUAGUAUUAUCUCAUGUUGGCAGAAACUGUCAAAUCUUUUCAAGAAUUGUAUUCGAUAUUGAUUGAAAUUCUUGCCAGUGGAGAUCUUAAAUGUUGAACAUUAAUCUAGAAAUUGGAAACAAAUGUAUGCAGGUAGAAGGGACUUUGAUGAAAGAACGUCCCAAGAGUCCCAUUGGCCUGCGACUUGGACCGUGUGAUUGACUCCGACACACCUGCCUUAUCUUCUUAAACCAUCCUUUGUGUGACAUCACAUUAAAAAAUCAUUGCCAGUUAAGGAGCUUUAUAAAGUUCAUUCAACUCCCUAGAAGUGAACUUUGUGAAAAUAGCUAACGUCUGAUUUUGUCUUCUGCACAGCAUGUGGUCUGCAAUGUUUUUCUUAUAACUGAAAAUUCGUAUCCAUGUCAAUGAGUGACCAUUGAUAGGGGGCCUUAAAUGUUGGCAUUUAAGUCAAGUCUCCUAUAGAGACCGGUGGUACAUAGCAUUCCGGCAAUGGGAAACAAACCUCAGAGUGGGGUGUCAUGCCCACAUCUGGGUUCUAAACUUCCGUCCAGUGAAAGACUUCAAACUGAAGUUGUGAUUUGUUUACAUUAGUCAGAACUGCUCAAGACUAACAAUUAUUGAUGUUUACAAUGUGUAAUGGAUAAGGGAACUGACAACUUACUUGGCAACGGAGAAUCUGGUAGCAUUUUGUUUUUGUCUCAAUACGACUAACCUCGUAGCUCGGUCAUUUCCAGUGUGGGUGUAUUUGAUUUAGUGUCACUGGAAUCUACAGGCACUCUGGCUAAAACAUUACUGUUGCACAUCACUUCGGGCCACAGCCCGAUCCCGUUUCCUGCAUGUCCAUCAGCCUGGUUCACACUUUUAUUUUUAAUGGUUUGGUAUAAUCUGUCAUAUGACAAUUUAUUUUUGUAAUCUAGUCACUUAAUUAUCCUGGUAUAACCCUUAUUUUAAGUGUGAACCACACACUCUCGACAUGUUUAGGAUUUGGAGUUUGAAAAGUGACUUGACAUGCAAACUACUGGAAGUGUAGGCUGUUGUUAAUGGACCUUA